AUGUGGUGCGGCUGAAAUGCGGAAGGAACGCAGUGCUCCGCAAACACAAACUGGCCAAAAGGUUAAAGACAAGCUAGAACAAACCAAUGGAUCCUAAUGUUGACAUCAUCAGCACCUAAAAACAUAAAACGGAUUUGAUGUGCCAGUUUUAUACACAGCGCAGACCAUCCCUGAAUAACAUUCUCCUGGAAGAGCUCAAUUUAACGGACACCUCAUUAGUGUUGUGCACGCAGAGCUGUAGAGUGGCUGUAAAAAGAGAAUACGAGUGUUCCAAAUGAAAGCCUUGCUCAUCACCACUGAGAGCGCUGAGAUCCUCUUCCACUGGACCGACCCGGGGUUCCAACUCAACAUCCAGGAGCAGUAUGGCGUGGCCCAGGAAGAAGGCCAGAGGUAUAAUAUAUGAUGUAUUGAAGCUUCCAGCCUUUGAGGACAGCAUCAGCACCUUGUUUGCACCCAUCAUCAUUUCCUGUAGCUCCAUGGUGGACAGGCUGGGUGACAGCUACACAUGCUUCACCACAGAGAACAACCACCUCUAUGUAUUACACCAGUUCGACGAGUGUCUCUACAUUGCCGUGAACGGAGACGGCGAGGAGGAGGAGGAUGAUCUGAGGAGGAAGAUCUAUGUGACCAAGAAGAUGAUUGAGGUGCUCUUCGGCAUGGUCACCCUCAGCGGUAGCCUGAUCAGGAGAGAGCUGCGUCCUCAAGACACGGAGCAAAGGGAACGUCUGUGGAAACAUCUCCAGAGCCUGCUGGAGACCUACAACCACCUCAGGGAGAACGACCAGAGCUUCUUAGUGGAGGCUGUGGAGAGACUGAUACACCCUACGCUGUGCGAGCAGUGCAUCGAGUUCUUGGAGCGCCGUUUAGUUCAGCUGCUCAACAGCAGCGUGGAGAGGGCAGGAGAAGAAGUGCAGCAUGCUUUCAUUCUGGUGCACACCAAACUACUGGCCUUCUACUCCAGCCGCAGCGCGAGCACACUCACCACUUCAGACCUCCUGGCCCUCAUCAUCAUGGCCCAGAACAUGUAUCCUAGCAACAUGGACCAAGACGACCACACUUCUGAGGAUGUUGAUAGUCCAAGCGGCUCAGGCCCAGAAAGCUUUUACACACCUCAGCCUUCCCCUACCAACUCCAGCAGUUCAGAAAAACAAGCGAGAGAAGAAGCUACAGUGUUUGAGUUUGCAGAUCCAGACAUUCACAUGGCAGAAGACAGUCUGCACAGCCUGGAGGUUCCUCCCCCUGACCCAUCCACGCCACGCAGGGUGUUUCUUGAAGUGUCCCACAAAGAGGGCCUGUAUCCCAUGAUGCCUCACUCCAUGUACUGUCUGCCACUAUGGCCCGGGAUAACACUGGUGCUGCUCACUAAGAUUCCCACCAGUGCAGUGGCUGCGUCCAUCUACAUGUUCCUGGAGGCCUUUGCCAAGCUGGAGAAGCGUUUGAGUGAAGGCCAGGAAGGAUUGUCUGCUACUAGAAGUCAACCAACAAUACAGGACAUCAGAAGCAAACUGGACAAGUUUAUCAAAGCUCUUGGGCCCAGUGACAUUCAAUCUGUACAGUUACAAAAUGUCUGGAGCGAGUUCAAGAACCGAGCCUUUUCCCGAGGUGGACCUGGCUUCAACAGAGAUCUCAUCCCGUGGUGUAAGAACAUGAAGACCCAGCUGUGUGGCGUUUACCGCCAGUGCUUCCUCAUUGACUCUGGACCGGCCGACGUUCCUCGGAAACUCUCCCCCACUCUGCAGGAGCGAGCCCAGGCCAUGUUGCAGGAAAAGCUGAUAGACUGGAAAGACUUCUUGCUAGUGAAAAGCAAGAGAAACAUCACCAUGGUGUCGUACCUGGAGGACUUCCCAGGCCUCAUCCACUUCAUCUGCGUGGAUCGAUCCACGGGCCAGAUGAUUGCACCAUCCCUUAACGUCACCGAGCGCACAACAUCGGAGCUGGGCAAAGGACCAGUGGCUCAGUUUAUCAAAAACAAGGUGUGGAGGCUGGUGAGGACAACACGGCGCUACCUCCAAAAGGGUUACUCCACUGUCACCCUGCGAGACGGUGACUUCCACUUCUGCUACUUCCUCUGGUUUGAAAAUGAAACCCUCUGUUGUCACAGCCAUCUUGAUGACUCCCUUGAACUUGGAAAAGAGAAGAAAAAAAAUCACACAGAGCUAGGUCAGGGCUACAAGUUGGAGGCAGUGGAAAUGCCCGUUCUACCCGAUGACUCUGCCCCCAUUGGGAUGCUUGCCUGGGACUACUACAGGAAGCUGCUGCGCUACUACAGUAAGAGCCACCAGGGCGAGGUGGUGAAGUGCUACGAGUUGCUAACGGUGCACCUGGGCGUCAUCCCCACUGACAUCAUCCUGCAGCACUGCAGACAGCUGGCCAGCAAGCUGUGGGAGCCCUCGCGCAACCUACUCCUCUAGAUACUCAGCUAAGACCACGGCACAUUGCAUGACAAGCCCUCCUUUGUUUUGCACAUUUUAAUAUUUUAUUAAUACAUGUCAGCCGGCACGAUAGACGACUGGUUAGCACAUCUGCCUCACAGUUCUGGGGACUGGGGUUCAAAUCCCGGCCCCGCCUGUGUGGACUUUGCAUGUUCUCCCCGUGCCUGGGUGGGUUUUCUCCGGGCACUCCGGUUUCCUCUCACAUUCCCAAAACAUGCGUGGUAGGUUGAUUGAGGACUCUAAAUUGCCCGUAGGUGUGAUUGCGAGUGCGAAUGGUUGUUUGUUUGUAUGUGCCCUGCGAUUGGCCGGCGACCGGUUCACUGUGUACCCUGCCUCCUGCCCAGAGAUAGCUGGGAUAGGCUCCAGCAGCCCGUGACCCUAGUGAGGAUAAAUUAUCUAAUUAAAAUGGAUGGAUAAUACAUGUCAGUCUGUUUUUUAUUUUCCUUUUUUUUAACUGUUUUUUAUUUCUACAAUUAUGAAUGAAACAUGUGGUACUUAUUAAUUUCAUGCAGUAUUUAACCAGUUUACUGUAUGUAUGUCCAAUUUUUGUUUUUACUUCGUGUGUGUGCGUGCGUGCGUGUGUGUGUGCACAUGUAAAAAUCUGGAGAUGCUUGUUUUUCAUUGGACAGCAACAAAAGACAAUCCAACAUCACUAAUAUAUUGGUAAUUUUAUUUACAAAAAUAUUAAACAUUUAGCCAGACUUCUUUGUUAUGAUAUUGAUCUGUCCAAUGAAGCAGCUCUAUCUUCAGAGUGUUUUUUUCUUUGUAUACUAAACAAAACAUACAAACACAAUCUUUUUUUUGUGUGUUAAUUUUUGGUCGAAGUGUGUGUUAAUUUUUGGACGAAAAGAAAAUACUCACUAAAUAUGUAGAAACAGUACUGUAUUUACAGAUAGUACUUUAAUGCAAUUUAGUGUCUAUUAAUGUAGUUUUCAGGGAUGCAGCAAUGCACUGACAGAUAUUUCUAACACUUUGGUUACUCUAUAUUCACCAUAAUUAACUAUUCACAAUACAGUGGACUGGCACAUAUUUGCGUUUCCAGCAUUUGCGAAUUCACCUAUUUGUUGAUUUUUUAUUUUUUUUGUGGAACCUAACCCCCAUUUUUCACUGGAACCUCUGCUUGUUUUUGUUUUUACUCGAUCCCCCCCAUACAAGCUUAUUGGUGGAUAUUUUCAAUGUUUUCUUUUUGUGAAUUAUUGUCACGUUGCUGUUUAACGAAACAUAAAACAAAAAGACUUACACUUUGUGUAUUUAGCCAAACCGCAUUAAGAGUGGCUUACUAUACAAAAGCCUGCCUGCUUAAUGCUAACACACAAUGUAAAACACCAAUAGCGAGCUAAUGAAACUAGCAUCAAUGUUGCGGUAAUCAUAAAACUUUAAUCAACUUGUCUUUAAACACAAGGGGUAGCAACACAUGUAGAUAACAAUACUCACAAGCACAUACGUUUUUCAUGUGCAAAACAAAAAUGUUGGUGUUUUUUGGAUUAUGGGAAUGGAUUGAUGGCAUUUACAUUGAUUUCAAUCUGGAAAGAUGACUUGAUAUAUGAAGUGUUUUGAGUUAUGAGCAUGGACAUGGAACAAAUUAAACUCGUAACUCAAGGCACCACUGUAUAAGACUGUCAGAACCAUAUAUAUAUAUAUAUAUAUAUAUAUAUAUAUACACAUUAUCAUAAACUGUACAGUAUGAUGGUGGUGUUAUUCAUACACAUGGGAUGAUGAUGAUGUAACUUCCUGUCAAGACAAACUUGUACAUUCAUGAGUUUAUCUUCUAACCUUUGAGAGUUGAGUUCACCAAUUUCUCUGUCAGACCCGAAGGAUGUUGUGCUUUAAAGGUCAUUCCCCGCCGCUUCUCUGGCCAUAGUAAUGUAGGACAUCGUCGUCCUUAUCAUCAUCAUAGGCUCACGCCGAGAAGGACAGGGAGGAGGCGGGCACGUGUUGAGUUCAUGUUAGUGUCAGCGUCUGCGCGUCCACCUCACAGCGCUCCCGUGAGGUCGCUGACAGCGCCAGCUGCCACCAGCUGCCUCAGAAAGAGCUUCUCAGAGCUGACGUCAUGAACCACCUGCAGGUACAAGAACACACAAAGUAGAGCACCCACCUCCUCCAAGGCCAAACAAACAAUGGAUCAGCACACAGUUGUACCUAAGGCCAGCAUACAGUAUGCCUGGAUUAUGUCUGUAAGAGCUAUGCUGUGCUCAUUGUGAAUUUAAGGAAAAUGUUCAAAAAUAAAGUCCUGGAUAUGAACCCAA